CGCCGCCCGGCGCGGCCGCGGGGCUGGGGCGGCACAGACCGCGCCCCGCGUCUCUCCCGCCGCCUCCGCGCAGCCCCGGCGGUGCGAGGCAUGAAGCUGAGCAAAGCCCAGUACGAUGAGAUAGCCCAGUUCCUGGGGCACGUGCAGCCCACCCGACAGAGCCUGAGGAAGCUGAAGGAGAAGUUCCCUAGUCAAUCGCAGUCCACUCUGCUGAGCAUCUUCUCCCAGGAGUACCAGAAACAAAUCAAAAGAACACAUGCCAAGCACCACACUGCUGAAGCUAUUGAAACUUACUACCAAAGAUACCUGAAUGGGGUGAUGAAAAAUGCAGCUGCCCCUGUAUUACUGGAGCUGGCCAAUGAGGUGGACUUUGCCCCAUCAUUGAUGGCUCGUAUUGUGUUAGAGAGAUUUCUACAAGAAAAGGAACAAACCAUCCCAGUGACCUGGCUGGCCUUUGGCAAUGAGAUUCAAUGCACAUGGCUCCGCAGUCAAAUCAUCAAAUUUCCCUCCUCCAAAACUCUAAUAAAUAGUAUGCUACGGGACCCUUCUCAGAUUCCAGAUGGAGUUCUAGCAACUCAAGUCUAUCAGUGUACUGUGAAUGACUGUUGUUAUGGACCACUGGUGGACUGCAUCAAACACGCUAUUGGGCAUGAACAUGAAGUCUUGCUGCGAGAAAUGCUUUUGGAAAAAAAUCUCUCUUUCAUAGCUGAAGAUCAGCUUCGUGCGAAGGGUUAUGACAAAACACCAGACUUUAUUUUAGAAGUACCAGUAGCUGUGGAAGGACACAUAAUUCACUGGAUAGAAAGCAAAGCCUCAUUUGGUGAUGAAAGUAGCCACCAAGCCUAUUUGCAGGACCAGUUUUGGAGCUACUGGAACAGAUUUGGCCCUGGAUUAGUCAUCUACUGGUAUGGAUUUAUUGAAGAGCUGGACUGCCAUCGUGAGCGUGGUAUCCUGCUAAAAGACUGCUUUCCUACUGACAUUGUGACUCUGCGACACAGCAUGGCUCAACACUGAUGUUGGGAGGAAGAGGGAAUCUCUACCUAGGAAUUUUUCUCUUAACUGACUUUAAGGAAGAAAUCUGUCUUGACCCCUGUAGGUAUUGUAGCACGCAGUUUUCUGGCAUUCUGAAGGCUGAAAGAACAACAUGCAGGAGUUCUCCGUGUGGGUUAUUUCUGAAAAAGUUUACCAUCCUGGUGUUCAAGAAGAAGAAUUUUAAAAAAAAAACAACAUGAAAGUGCUUCGUGCUGGAUCGGUUCCACAAGACAAAUAAAAUACACAAAUGGACAGAAGUUUCCUGUGUACUUGUUUUCUUGUAAGAGUCUUGCUUUUUUUCUUGUUGUAACCACCAAGAUCAGAAGUACAUUGGGUGUUAGUACAAGGGUGUUAGCCCUUCUUGAAGUUUUGAGUUCAGUCUCUUCUGUUUCCUCCACAUCACCACUCAGGUUUGUGCUCUCAGUUAGAUGCUUUUUAAUGACAGCAGCUUAUUGGGCUUGACAGACUUCAAUACUCUUGUCUUUGCUGACUGGUAUUCAGGAACAGACAAUGUAUUUUGAAAAGUCAGUGAGAGUUUUGCCUGUAUGCUCAUCAUGUUCAGAUUUUCAGAGAAGCAGAGGUAUGGAUUCUGUUGUAGAAUUAAAGGUGAGAGAACAGUCUCCCUAAAGCACAAACUGAUAACCUUUUCCAGAAGGAAAGGGUCUUUAAAACGUUACAAUGCAUAUACAUCACCAUUUUUUAGUUGAAGUGAUACUUUGUGUGCCUGUAUGAUUUCAAAAAUCAUGUGCAGACUUUACAGUCUUGACUUGACUUAAAAAAACAUUAAUCUUGUUCAGAAAUUUGUCAGCUAUGAUUUUCAGGUGCAUACACAGUGUUUUGAUUUUUAAUUUUUAAUUCUCACCUUAACACUUCCUGAUAAGUUUCAGACAGGAAUUUAUCAUUUUGACUAAUCUUUCAUUUUCAGGAAAAAAACUCUUUGUUCUUCCUGUUCUCUGUCCCUUGCUGCAGAGAUAAGCUAGUAUAGCUCCAUUACAGUGAGUUAUUGUUAUAUAGAGAUAUUUUCCUGGGUUUGAAUGUGUUACAGUGAAAAGAUUUAUUUUAAAAAAAUAUUCAAAAACACCUGUAAUUUAUUUAUGUUCAAAUGUUUAAGGUAUUGUGCUGAUCUUAUUUUACCUGACCAGCUUUAAGGAUCUGCCCAUAAAGAUACACAGAAGCUGCAUUUAGGGUGUUGCUGCCCCUGGGACUUCUAACUGUGAGUUUAGUUGGUGGAAUAUGUAAAAUUAGGAAGAGAAUAAAAAAGAAGAAAUAACAGAAUAUUAUCAUACUAGAAAAUUCAGAAAUAAUGGUUGUCUGAGUGAAAUGGGUUUUAAAGGCAAACUGAAUUUGUUCUAGCUACUGCAUAUGCUUUCUGUUGUAUGAAAUAAUUUAAAUCAGCUUUUACAUGAUGCACUAAUGCUGCUUUUUCUUUUUGAAUAAAUUAAAUUUAUCUGCACAGAUGUUGAAAAUUCUACUCAACCUCCAUCAAAGCUUUGCUUUAUUUGUUCUUAUGUUAAACAAAUUUAUGUGGAGACACACAGAUAAAUCAGGUUAGGCUUAUAUUUGUUCAUUUAUUCCUCUACUUAAUGCUGUGACAUAACAGGUUGGAAAGCAGUACAGCUGUCUUUAAUCAAAGCUUUAACCUCACCUUCAUAUAUUGCCCACUUUAGGAAUCUUUUUAUUAGAAUGAGGAUGAAAUAAGCCACAAAAGUGUACGUAUUGUACAAAUUCCAUUACAUGCUAUCAAAAAAGCUUUGCCACCACAAAAACUAUGCUGUGUCAUUAUUUAAAUGAUGAAGACAAAAACAUUAAAAAAAAUUAGGACUAUUUUGUUAUUCCUACUUGUGUACUGUAUAAUCCUUUGGAUAUUUUCUCUGUUUAUCAGGUGUAAACAUCAACUUUAAUAUUAAAGAGGAGAGACUGCUCUUUGUGA